AUGACAAAUUUAUUACGCGGUCUAGCUCGCCUUAUCUUGUAUGUCCAGCUGUUCUUAUCACCAAACAUUGCUUUUGCUUCUGCUACUUCUUCUGAGGCCGAGGCUCUUCUCAAAUGGAAAGUUACCUUUCAAAAUGAAACCAAAAAUAAUCUGACCUCGUGGGCUUACUAUCCUAACGUAAAUACAAACCCAUGCAACGUUUGGACUGGUGUUUCAUGCAACACUGCUGCAAGUGUCAACAGGAUCAACCUCACCAAUUCUGGGAUUCAAGGUACGCUAUAUGAAUUUCCAUUCCUGUCCCUCCCUAAUCUCGAAUAUGUUGACCUCAGCUUGAACCAACUCUUUGGUGCCAUCCCAUCUCAGAUCAGUUCCCUCUCUAAACUCAUCUAUCUUGACCUUUCUCAUAAUCAGUUGUCUGGGAAAAUCCCACCAGAAAUUGGUCUUCUAAAUAGUCUUCAAGUCCUGCACCUAAAUGAGAAUCAAUUAAAUGGCUCAAUCCCUCAAGAAAUCAGCCAGCUUCAGUUUCUUAAUGAGCUUUGUCUGCAAAAAAACAAUUUAACAGGUCCCAUUCCUCCAGAUUUUGGAAAAUUAAAAGACCUAACCAUGAUGUACUUGUUCAAAAAUCAACUUUCUGGUUCUAUCCCUUCCGAAAUUGGAAAUUUGAAGUCUCUAGUGAAUCUAGGCAUUUAUAAGAACAAUCUAUCUGGUUCAAUCCCGACAUCUUUAGGUAAUCUAACAAACCUUACCCUUCUCUAUGCCUAUGAAAAUAAGCUUUCCGGCGUAAUUCCAAAAGAGAUAGGGAACUUAAAAUCUCUUGUGGACCUACAGUUGAGCGAGAAUCACCUUAAUGGUUCCAUCCCCUCUUCGCUUGGUGACUUGAGCAACCUAGAAAUCUUAUUCCUACGUGAUAACCAACUUUCUGGCCCCAUCCCCCAAGAGAUGGAGAAUCUCAAGAAUUCCCUCUCUAAACUCAUCUAUCUUGACCUUUCUCAUAAUCAGUUGUCUGGGAAAAUCCCACCAGAAAUUGGUAUUCUAAAUAGUCUUCAAGUCCUGCGCCUAAAUGAGAAUCAACUAAAUGGCUCAAUCCCUCAAGAAAUCAGCCAGCUUCAGUUUCUUAAUGAGCUUUGUCUGCAAAAAAACAAUUUAACAGGUCCCAUUCCUCCAGAUUUUGGAAAAUUAAAAGACCUAACCAUGAUGUACUUGUUCAAAAAUCAACUUUCUGGUUCUAUCCCUUCCGAAAUUGGAAAUUUGAAGUCUCUAGUGAAUCUAGGCAUUUAUAAGAACAAUCUAUCUGGUUCAAUCCCGACAUCUUUAGGUAAUCUAACAAACCUUACCCUUCUCUAUGCCUAUGAAAAUAAGCUUUCCGGCGUAAUUCCAAAAGAGAUAGGGAACUUAAAAUCUCUUGUGGACCUACAGUUGAGCGAGAAUCACCUUAAUGGUUCCAUCCCCUCUUCGCUUGGUGACUUGAGCAACCUAGAAAUCUUAUUCCUACGUGAUAACCAACUUUCUGGCCCCAUCCCCCAAGAGAUGGAGAAUCUCAAGAAGUUGGCUGUGCUGAAAUUGAACAAUAACAACUUUUCUGGUCAUUUGCCCCAAAAUAUUUGCGGAGGCGGAUACCUAGAAAACUUUACAGCACAAAACAACCACUUGAUAGGUUCAAUCCCCAAAAGCUUGAAAACUUGCAAGAGCUUAGUGAGACUUCGUCUUGAAGGGAACCAACUGACAGGCAAUAUAUCUGAUGACUUUGGUGCCUAUCCAAAUCUUAGAUUCAUUGACCUAAGCCACAAUAACUUGCACGGUGAGAUCUCACACCUCUGGGGACAGUGUCCACAAUUAGAAACCCUACGAAUUGCGGGGAACAAGCUUACUGGUAGUAUACCACCUGAGAUUAGCCAUGCAACCCAAAUUCAUGAACUCGAUCUUUCUUCCAAUAGUUUAGUCGGGGUGAUCCCAAAGAACUUUGGGAGAUUGACUUCUUUGGUGAAUUUGAUGUUGAAUGGCAAUCAACUUUGGGGUCCUAUACCGUCAGAAUUUGGAUCGUUGACUGAUAUUGAAUAUCUUGACUUGUCCACCAACAAAUUCAACGAGUCAAUUCCAGGCAUUUUUGGCGACUUUCUCAAAUUACACCAUUUGAAUUUGAGCAAUAACAAGUUCAGUCAAGAAAUUCCGUUUCAGUUGGGGAAGUUAGUUCAUGUGUCCCAACUUGAUCUAAGUCACAACUCAUUUGAGGGUAAGAUACCAUCAGAAAUGAGCAGUAUGCAAAGCUUGGAGACAUUGAAUCUUUCCCACAAUAAUCUUACCGGUCUCAUUCCAACAAGUUUUGAUGAAAUGCAUGGCUUGAAUGACAUCGACAUAUCCUACAAUCAACUGCAGGGUCCAAUCCCCAACAAUAAAGCAUUUCAAAAUGCUCGAAUGGAAGGGAAUAAUGGAUUGUGUGGCAACGUUGGAGGACUAAAACCCUGCAAUCAUUCUGUGGAGCAUAAGCAUACCUCAAAGAAGGCGUUCUUAAUCAUUUUCCCUAUCUUGGGAACACUUUUACUUGCUUUCCUGACAUUUGUUUUGAUUGGAAGAAGAAGAAGUAUAAGAAAGCAAGAACAGGAAAUCAAACAGAGCAAUAUGCACGAAAGCUUUUUCUCAAUAUCUAAUUUUGACGGAAGAAAAAUGUAUGGAGAAAUCAUGGAAGCAACCAAUGGUUUUGAUGUCGUUCAUUGCAUCGGGAAGGGAGGACAGGGAAGCGUCUACAUGGCAAAGCUCCCAUCAGGCAGCAUUGUUGCAGUGAAGAAAUUCCAUCAAACACUUGAUGGUGAGGAGGCAUCUCGGAAGGAGUUCCUUAAUGAAAUAAGGGCCUUAACUCAGAUACGACACCGAAACAUUGUGAAGUUUCUUGGCUUUUGUUCAAGUGCCCAACACUCGUUUUUGGUCUAUGAGUAUUUGGAAACAGGUAGCUUGGCUGCAAUCUUGAGCAACGAGAAUGAAGCUGAAAAAUUGGACUGGAGCACAAGGGUGAGAAUUGUAAAAGGUGUUGCUCAUGCGUUGUGUUAUAUGCAUCAUGAUUGCUCACCACCAAUUGUGCAUCGAGACAUAACAAGCAGCAACAUUUUGCUGCACUGUGACUAUGAGCCUUGUGUUUCGGACUUCGGGACUGCUAAGCUUUUGAAUCCAGACUCGUCGAAUUGGACUGCUCUUGCAGGCACAUAUGGAUAUGUAGCACCAGAGCUAGCUUACACAAUGAAGGUAACAGAGAAAUGUGAUGUUUAUAGCUUUGGAGUGCUGGCACUGGAAGUGAUUUUGGGAAAGCAGCUAGGCGAUUUUGUCUCCUCCUUUUCGUUUCCAUCCACCACCUAUGCAAACAUAUUGCUCAAGGAUGUACUGGACCAACGCCUUCCCCCUCCAACGCCUCAAGUUCUAGAUGAACUCAUAACCAUUGCAAGGCUAUCAAUUGCAUGCAGACAUUCCCAUCCACAAUCCAGGCCAACAAUGCACCUGGUUUCCAAGGUAUUAUCGUUCCAACCGGCUUCUUCCUGUAGAGGACCAGACGAUACUACACUUGAACAACUCAUUACGAUCUAAAUUGAACAACUAUUUUGAACAAAUAGACCAUCCUCGUGUUUAAACAUACUGUAUUUCAUAUGAACUUUAGCAUGUAUAUUGUUUUUCAACUCGAUUAAAAUCUUCAACGUCAACUAUCCUUUCAUCCAA